AUGAAAGCCGAACAAGAAAACAAAUCCCAGAUCUCAGUCUCGACAACAGCCAGCAGUCGACAGGUCGACAUCUUUGUCCAGUUCUCCGGCUACAAGGCCUGGUUCAAGUUCUUCUCGGAGCGCGUCGCUCUCUUCGUGUACCUCUUGACAGGAGCAGGAUAUGUCCUCACCGCCAAUUACUGCCUGACCAAUGGAUCCAAGGACCUUCCUCUCCGUCAGUUCUUCUGGACCUUGGUCAUCGAGACGCUCUUCUUGAUCACCCUCAGAGUCAUGGAUGAUCUUAAGGAUGUCGAUACCGAUAUUCUUGCUCACCCUGAACGCCCUUUGCCUCGAGGCCUCGUUACAGCUCGUGAAGCCAGUGUUGUCGUCCAUACCCUCGUCACAAUCCUCCUCAUUAACGGAAUCGUCCUCGCCAUCGUUGAGAAUCUCGCCUGCGGUCUCCUCUGCAUCGCAACCACCCUCUACUACUACGCCAUGUUCAAAGAGUUCGGCUGCGGCCACUGGUUGAGCGCCCGCCCAAUCCUCUAUGUCAUCACCCACCAGCUCGUCGUCCUCCUCAUGGUCCUUUUCCCCAUCGCUGCCUUCCACGGCGCCUCAUCCCUCAAGAACAUCCUUGCCUGGCAUGCGGCCCUCUUGCAGUUUGGAGGCUCGUUCACCUUUGAAGUCUGCCGCAAGCUUGACCCAACUGCCCAUAUUGCCCUUGGAACCUAUUUGAUCGCUUAUGGAAAGGUCAAGACCUUCUUGAUGGUUCUCUUUGCAGUCAUCAUUGGAGCCUGGGCUUCGUAUGUGAUGGCUGUCGAGAUCAUCAUGUGGCCCUUCUUGGGCUUCUUGCUCCUCACUGUCAUUGUUCUUUUCGCCAAGCAACGUGCUCCCGGUACCCCUCUGGCUGAGGGAGAGACUGCGCCCAAGGGACACAAGACUGUCGAGUUGAUCUGCACCCUAAUUACUCUUCUUACCAUGUACAUUGUUCCCAUCAAGGUCUGGAGCGGCGUUCCCAAGACUGCCAUGCGCACCUUCUCUUAA